AAGGCUUAAAUAUAGGGUACAAAAUAGAAAUUUUACAACCCCAUGGACUUGUAAUUCUGCAAAAACGCCAAAUAGUUUUUCAGGUCUGCGUUUUGUAGCCGUUGCUGGAGAAUGACGAAAGCAAUGGAAACUGAGACUCAAGAGGUGGUGACGCCGGGACAAGUAUUGGGUAAAGCGUCACAGUUGAAAGCCGGAAAAGGAGCUUCCGUUUCAACCGAACACGACACCGUUUACGCCUCUCUGACCGGUUUCCGUUCUCUCAUACCUCCGCCUUCCGACUCUCCUGACCAGAGACCAACAGUGGAAGUUACUGGUCAUAAGUCCCAUGGAGCUGUUCCUCAGCCCGGUUCCAUUGUUUUUGCUAGAGUCACUAAGGUGAUGCCUAGAAUGGCUUCAGCAGACAUAGUUUGUGUUGAUUCCAAGUCUGUGCGUGAGAAAUUCACCGGCAUUAUUAGGCAACAGGAUGUGAGAGCAACUGAGAUUGACAAAGUCGACAUGCAUUUGUCCUUCCGCCCGGGUGAUAUUGUCCGUGCAUUGGUGCUAUCACUUGGAGAUGCACGGGCAUAUUAUCUGUCAACUGCAAAAAAUGAGCUGGGUGUUGUAUCUGCUGAAAGUGCAGCUGGUGGUACCAUGGUUCCAAUUAGCUGGACAGAAAUGCAGUGCCCUCUAACAGGUCAAGUAGAACAGAGAAAGGUGGCCAAGGUUGAAGCUUGAAGCUUGAGUUGGCUG